AUAAAUCUUCACAUCUGUCCAAACAUCUUUGGGCUUAUCUCAACUAUUGAUGAAAGAAGUUCAGUUCAACUGUCAUAACAAUUUCUUUUGUUCAUUUGUUUAUCUCUUUUCAUCUCACAGAUUUUACAAUGCUAGUUUAAAGAGAAUUGGAGGGAAAAACAACCGACGCGAUUGUGAGAAACGUGGACACGUAACAAUGACUAGGCGUGAAAAUCUCCUGUGCAGCUGUGUGUGUUCCCAAUGCCAUGGAGGACGUUUCUCAGCACCUCCCAACGAAAGACCAGAUCCAUUUAGGAGGAGGACCGAGGUUGGUCUAAGCCCAGCGAACUGUCGCUUUACGAGAACUCUGUUUACCAAAAUGGCAACCCAUCAGAGAUUACAGGGACUUAAAUUGCAUGUUUUAGUGCUGCUGGCAGUGCUAACUUUUAUAGGACCAACUCCAACACAAGCCUUUGAUCGUCAAAAGAGGCAGAUACCAGGAAUAGGCCAAGAAUGCCAGAGAUCAGAUGGGCUUAAUACUGAUCCAGUAAUUGAGUUUGAAAUAAGUGAAUCAAAUCCUGCUGGGACAUCAAUUGGGUUCCUGCCAAUCACUGGCAUCACCGGGAGUUCCGGCUCCAUAACUCUAGUGGUCACUCAGGAUAACCCAAGCAUUUUUAUCAAUGUCCUUACCAAGCAGCUGAUGCUCGUCCAAACAGUGGAUGCAGAUCCCCCAAAUGCAGUGAAAUCCAUUUCCUUGACGGUACAAUGUCAAACAUUGAUCAACUUUAAUUAUGACAUACUUAUUAAAGUGAAUGAUGCUAAUGACAACACACCGUUCUUCAUUGGAGCGCCAUAUACAGUGUCUGUAUCAGAGGCUACAGCAAUCAAUGAAGUUAUUUUUGCUGGGAUAGAAGCCGAUGAUAACGAUGGUGACAACCGCAACGGCCAGAUAAGCUUCGAAAUUGUACCAAAUCAAAAUGAUCCGAUGUCAAACUCCUAUUUUGACAUGCCAAACACUGGUAAAGGAGAGGUGACCCUGUUACAGAGCCUGGACUUUGAGACAAGACAACAGUGGACUGUCUCAAUUGUAGCAAAGGAUCGAGGUGUUGUUCCGCGGUCGUCGAUGGCAACGCUGACCGUGACCGUACUGAAUGCUGAUGACCAAGCUCCAAUGUUUGUAGGAUGCAACACAACAAUUUGUACAAACGUGGAAUACAGGGCCUCUGUACUGGAGAAAACGCCAAGAUUAGGUCCAUUGCAGUUCUCCCCGAACCAGAUCAGGGUUGUCAAUAGUUCUGGAGGGACCGUGGAUCCGCAGUCUGUAACGUUCUCCUUCACUGGAGGGCAACCUCCGCAGUAUUCUUCUUUCUUCUCUAUCAACCCUACUACGGGGCAGGUGAACCUUCUUCAACAAGUCCGCCGAUCGGAGUAUGACGUCUUUAGUAUAUCUGUCGCAGCCACCAAAGGUUCAAGCAGCAGCACAGCGACCGUGAUCAUAGAGGUAACGCCCAUCAAUAAUUUCCAGCCAACCUUCCCAAAUACAACAAUGACUGGUUACAUCUCCGAGAAUGUUAUUGCGGGAACUCGGGUAACAGCUGACUCGAACGGUAUCGUUCCUCUGCUUAUCCAAGCAACAGACCCUGAUCUGGAUCAGGAUGAAGAUCCCGGCUUGAGCUAUCUGUUGGAUGACAACUCUGUUUUCACCCUAGACCUCGUGGGAACCAACGGAGUCUAUCUCUCGUACAGCGGCCUCUCUAACACCCCACUGGAUGCUGAAACUCAAGCAAGCUACAAUGUUUCUAUAAUAGCAAGGCCGACCAAUACAUCAGGACAGUUUGAUGCUUCUCAACAGCUCCCGACCCUCCAAGUUACCAUCUUAAUCCGUGACCUGAACGAUAACUCGCCAGAAUUUCAACAAAACCAGUACUUUGAUCCCGUAACAAAUCAAUAUACAGUCAACCUGAAGGACAAUGCUGCGUUCAAUACUGAAGUCAUUUCAAUUCCUGUUACUGAUGCCGACGCAACAUCCUUACCGCCAAUCAUCGAUCAUACAUUCGUCUCCUUGCCAGCAAUUGCAUUGUUCUCCGUGGUGCAGCAGAAUAGCGAUGUCAUUAUCCGUCUCAUCUCGGAAGGGUCUUUAGUCAUCGGCUCAGAAUACAUCAUCCAGCUUCGUGCCUCGGAUAGUCAGGCUCCUCAAGACCUAAAUAAACAAUCUAAUGUGUAUGUUCGCAUCAUCAUCAUCUCUGGUGUAAAUAACAGGCCACCCAUGUUUGAUCAAACAUCCUACUCAACCAGUGCCGAUGAAAACCUGCCUUUUAAUGCCCUCGUUGAUACAGUCAGAGCUACAGAUCCUGAUGGAGAGUUCAUAACAUACAGCAUCACGUCUGGGAACAUCAACAAUGCUUUCAUGACUGUCGACGGUGCAAACAAUGGAGAGAUUCGAGUCCAGGGCUCACUAGACCGAGAAGUCCUUGCUUCCUAUUCACUGGUUGUGGAAGCUUCAGAUGGAAACCUGACUGCUUCUGCUGUAGUCCUAAUCACCAUCAACGAUGUCAAUGAUGAGCCUCCGGUAUUCUCCGGCGCGGAUACAUUCUUGAUCCUAGAAAGCAUCAGCAAUGAGUUAGUAGGGCAAGUACAGGCUACUGACCAAGACCAGCUCAACUCAGCAAACUCUGCCAUCAUAUACUCGUUCCUGCCCGAGGUGCCUGAGUUCCGCAUCGAGCCCACGACAGGCCGCAUCUUCACGACGGUCGGUCUAGACAGGGAGCAGCAGGACAUUUACACCCUGACUGUCAUGGCAAGGGAUACGACCACUAAUCCUCUCUCGGCCACGUUGGAUAUCGUCAUCGUCGUGCAGGAUACGAACGAUAACCGGCCAGUCUUCGAGUCGGCUGAGUACAUCAUUGAGGUGCCGGAAAACACUCCUCUGCAAGGGUUUUUUGCAGUCCAGGCCCUGGACCGGGAUGCUAAUGCACCUCUCCGUUAUGCUAUCACUGCUGGGGAAACCAACAUCUUCAGUAUAGAUCCUCUGACCGGUAAUCUCUCUCUUCUCGUCCCGCUGGACUAUGAGAAUAUUGGUGCAAGGUCGUUCUAUUUUGAGGUGACCGUCACGGACGUAGAUGGUGUAAAUUUGACCGAUGUGGCCAAUAUUACAAUUGUAGUUACGGAUGUGAACGACAACAUUCCGAGCUUUGAAAAAACCCAGUAUGAUGUCAUCGCUCUACGAGAGUACCAGAUAGGAGAUAUAGUCCUUGCCAAUAUCACUGUCACAGACGGAGACCCUGCGGGCUCACCAAAUUCUGAGUUGACCUUCAGAUUUUUACCGCCGUCAGAUCUGUUUGAGUUUACAGACCCAACUCAAGGCAAUGUUUAUGUCAUAGGUGACAUCAGUAAUACCACCAUGUGGCAUAAUCUGACAAUAGUAGUCAGUGAUGGCGGAGAUCCGGCUAACAUAGCAAUGGUUCCUCUCUCAAUAUUGCUCAGAGUGGAAAAACCUAUCUUCCCCGAGAACGUCAUCAUUGUGGAUGAUGUAAUGGAGGAAGAGGAACCAGGCGUUGUAGUGGCUGUCAUCGAAGCCAUGGCCAAUAUCGGAGAUGUUAUUUUAUACACCAUAGUCAAUUCAACCGACCCAAGUGCCUUUACAAUGAAUACAACCGACAACGUAGCAACGAUCUACACGAAUAUGACUCUCGACCGUGAAUUAGUGGAAAACUACUCUAUCUCGGUCCAGGCCAACAUACAAGGAGCUACCCCGGAUGAAAACAAUCUACCGGAGCAGACUGGUCGGAGAAAGAGGCGCCAAGCAGAUCUCUUCUCAGAAGUAGCUGAGCCUACCGACCCAAACGUUGUCUACAUCUACGUGAACGUUGCAGACAUCAACGACAACGGACCAUACUUUCUCAAGGAGAACUAUUACGCUGGGGUCUCUACCGUAGCCAGGGUCGGGACACAGGUCAUUGCAGUUGAGGCCUUUGACGAUGAUGAGGGAGAAAACGGUGUAUCCACCUACUCCAUUGUCGCCGUGGUACAAGGAGAACCUUUGUUCAGGAUAGACCGAGCUACAGGGAUAUUCAGUACGACUCAGAGUCUUGAGGGAGAGGAAGCCGGCAGUCAGUUUGAAUAUACCGUCCUGGCAGAAGAUCCAAACAAUAACUUCACCAUAGCGGAGACCAUGGUCAAGAUAUCUCUGAUCGACAACUCCCAUCGUGCCAUCCUGGCUGGUAACAUCGACCCUGACCUUAUGAGAGAGAACCAGGACGCCCUCUCUGAAAUCCUAUCAGAGGCUCUCACUGCCGACGUGUACAUCGAGGAUGUGAGCCAGAGAGAGGUCGGUAAUGGUCUGGACCCGACGGGAUCGGACGUCCUCUUCUAUGCCCUCGACGCCAACGGGGACCCAAUACUAGGAAACGACAUGGUGGAGAUCCUUCUUUCUCAAAACACCUCACUCAAUGAGCGCUAUUCAACCAUUGUAGAGAAUAAGACAAUUACAGACAUCAGGAGACCGACCCAACCCACGACGGGCCCAGGAGUAUCCCCAGACGGUAAUGGCCCUACGGUGGAAGCCAUUGCUCUCAUAUGCCUAGCUUGUGUGCUGUUCAUCUGCGUGGUCAUAGCCAUCGGUGUGGUCAUCAUAUCAUGGAAGAAACGAGAAAUGGAGAAAGAUAAAGCAGGGCGAAUGUAUCUCCCAUCAAUGUAUAACACAUUCAACCCUUAUGGAAAUGGUGAAGACUUGGAAAUGGCUCAGUGUCCUGAUAAAGCCUUUUUACCUUCGACAUCAAAUCCUGUAUAUUAUGAAGAUCAGUCAAAUCAAGCGUGAGUAGGUCUUUAUUUAUAAAUUGUUUGAAUUGUUGAUAAUUUGAUAACAUGUUCCAUCUCUUCUCAUUUUAUGUACCUUUUCAUUCAUAUUGUGUGGAACUAAAAUCCUAUUCACCUUUAACCUUUGACUAACAUAAUGUCUUUGAAAUUGCGUUUAACACAAGCUUUAUUUUGUUUGUUUCAUGAGAUAUA